UUCAGGGGCACUGUGAUGGGCACACUGAAUGUUAAGGGGCACUCUGAUGGGCACAACAUAGAAUAUAAAUGUGCUAAUAAGAGUGCCCCUUAAUAUAAAUAUGCCCAUCAGAGUGUCCCUUAACAUAAAAUGUGCCCAUCAGCAUAUCCCUUUAUUUAUGUUAAGGGGCACUCUGACGGGCACAUUAUAUGUUAAGGGGCACUCUGAUGGGCAAAUUUUAUGUAAAGGGAUACGACGGGCCCAUUUUAUGUUAAGGGGGCACAAAUGGGCACAUACUGUGGAAAGGGGCACUCUGAUGGGAACAUGUGACGGAAAGGGGCACUCUGAUGGGGAAUAUGAUGUAAAGGGGCACCCUGAUGGGGAAAUCUAAUGUAAAGGGGCACUCUGAUGGGGACAACUGAUGUAAAGAAGCACUCUGAUGGGCACACCUGAUGUGAUGGGAAUACAU